AUUACCGCGUUUAUCUCUGUAACUCUGGUAGUAUUCUUUCGCCUUCACCAUGGUCAAUGUUGCGAUUGCAGGAGGGACCGGGGGCGUUGGCCGCACCAUUUUUGAAGUAUUGAGUGAUUCCUCGGAACAUAAGACAUUUGUUCUUUCACGAAAGUCGUUGAGUGAAGACCAUUUUCUCACAGUCGACUACUCCGACAUUGACCGAUUGGUCUCUGUUUUGGAAGCAAACGAUAUCAAUACAAUAAUUUGCGCUUUCGGAGUUAAUGACAGCUCCCUCUCAAGCAGCCAGAUGAAUUUGAUUGAGGCUGCUACAAAGUCAAAAUCAGUUAAGAGAUUUAUUCCAAGCGGCUUCGCUAUAAGCUACCCGAAAGAGAGCACCCAAGUCCUUCCUCAACUCAAGGAUUACUUCAAAGCAACCGAAGUUCUCCGGGAAUCCGGGUUGCAAUGGACCGUCUUCGUCAACGGUAUUUUUCUGGACUACUUCGGGCCGCCCGAGAUGAUCUCCUAUCUCAAGCCCAACGUGUUCGUAGUCGAUCUCGCCAACAAUGUUGCGGGAAUCCCCGGCGACGGUAACACUCCAGUCACGUUUACCUAUACAUUCGAUCUGGCGAAGUACGUCCUUGCCAUAUUAAGUCUUGGCGAGUGGCCAGAGGAAAGCCGAGUCAUCGGAGAUGAAAUGACAUGGAAGGAAUUCGUUGCGCUGGCUGAGGAUUUCAAAGGGUCGAAAUUUGAGAUCCACUACGACAGCGUUGAGAAAUUAAACCGGUUCGAAAUCACUGAAUUGCCGGGUCAUCGAGCUCUUUAUGAUAACUUCCCGAAGAAAGCGUUCCAAUGGUUUAUGUCGAUAUUUGAGCUCUACACUGCUGAUGGGAGCUCGAGUGUACCCAGGGCCGGCUCACUGAACGAACGCUUUCCGGACAUACAGCCGCUGACCGUAAGGGAGAUGCUGGGACGUUACUGGAGAUGAGACGUUGUUGCACCGGACUGCUCUAUAUUCAUAGGACUCUUGGUAGGAGUGAAUAUUUUACAAAUACCAAGAACCAAAAAUGCAAAUAAAAAUAUCGCUGGUGGUCACAUACCCAACUACGAACCGGCAGGCGUGUGGUUUAACACCCCAACAAGUAACUCCUCAACGGAAG